AUGAGUACUCCUCCCUCAACUCCCGACUCAACACCAAGUGGGGAAUCAAAGCCCCAGCAUCGACAGCCCGCCAGCUCAAUGCUGACACCGCCAACCUCACCUAGACAAAGUCGGUCCUCCUCAAACAUCUCUGACCUUGCAAUAUCAAGCUCUCCGUCAUAUCCUCGUCCUCAACAGCUGUUUCUCCGGUUUGAAAAUGCAAAGCUCAAUCCAAUCGAUACAAACGUCACCCAACGGAAAGACCCGAUUGAACCAAGUGUGGCUGAAUGUCCGUUCGAUGUCGAGAUCCUCAAAGACGAGCGCGGCCGAGAUGCAAUCUUCGGGACCGGUGCAUGGAGUACAGUCUACAAAGCUAGCAAUCACGCCAGGUCGAGAAAUGUCUCAGCAGCCCUCACACCCCCGCUUUCGCCAACAAUCCUUACACCUGUUCUCGUAGCGGUUAAGAAACCAGCCCGCCGGGACGCGGUGGCAAUCUUGAAGAGUGAAGCCAAGAUCCUCACCUAUUUGCGAGGCGUCCCGGAAAGCGAGAGGUAUGUGGUGCCGUUCUAUGGCGUUGUUGACGAAGCAGCCAUUGUUUUGGAAGCCCUGCCGUUCAGUCUAGAAGAACACAUACGGAAAUGCGCUGUUAUAGCUGCGCAGAACUUCUCGACGCGGACCAUGAUGGACCCUAUCGUCGGGAGUAGCGCAAGAUGGUUCCAGCUUGCACAGCAACUCGUCUCCGCCCUGGCAUGGCUUCACAACCGUGCACAAGUUGUUCACGGCGACAUCAAACCCGGCAAUAUCCUUCUAUCCCGGGUGCGUGGCUUUGGGACUGAGAUUACUUUCGAACCGCUCUUUGCAGACUUUUCCUCCUCUCAGCGCCUGGACCUUGACGAGACGACGGCAAAUACUCUAUCAGCCGUCACGAGAGAGUACACCGCGCCUGAACUUCUAAGUUCGACCGUCCUUCGCAACCCAGCAUCAACGGCGACGACAGCAUCAGACGUCUUCUCCAUGGCACUUACAUUACUGGUUACCGCGACUGGACAGUUGCUUGUAUACUCCGGCUCAAUGUUCCAGCGGCAAGCGAUGGCCACUCAAGGGUGGAUGGUUCUAAGCCAUGCGAGGAACGGUGAAGGAGGGACAAGGGUGCCAAGGUUUGGCAUCGUCGAGAAGGUACUAGAGAGAGCGGUGUUGAGGGCGGAUAUGGACAGAGUGAGUGCCCAAGAAUGGUUGCGUAUCGUCGAGACUCUCGCGAAGGGAGAGCCAGCAAAGAUCUAA